AUGGCAAGCCGAUAUCACAUGAACCCGGAACUUAACCGUGCCGGUAUGCCUAACCUCCCUAUCUGGGACGACGAGCCCGGCCCCAGCAACGACAACUCUGGCGACCACUCAGGCGCGCACCAGGGCCUGGAGUCUGGCGUGGAGUCAGGCGACGACUCGGGUGACGACUCCGACGUCGACAUCCUCGGGUUCGCAUCCGAUGACAGGGAGGACAGGUGA